AUAAAAAUAAGUGACCUAGCAAAACAUAUGACCGCCUAUAGUGACGACUACUACACUUGUCGCUCAUCCAACAACGGCUCACCACUACCGAUUAGAUGGAUGGCUCCGGAAGUUUUGCUGUUGAACAAGAAAACGAUAAAGAGUGACGUUUGGUCAUUCGCAGUGACCUUCUGGGAAAUAUUGACCUUGAACCGAACCAAGCCCUAUGAUUGGCUGACCAAUGAACAACUGAUUGAGCGCUUGCACUCAUCCUCGUCGUUUGACCUACUUUUACCUCAACCUGCUCCCUGUCCGAAAGAAAUUUACGACAUGCUUCUACAGUGCUGGUCACCUGACCCAGAUAAACGACCUAAUUUUUCUGACCUACAUUUUUUCAUUCAA